GCCCCCCGCCCCGGGGCCGCUCGGGGGCGGGCGGAGGCGGCGGCGGCGGCGGCAGCGGCGGCGCCGCGGGGCUGCGCUCGGCAGCGCCCGCAACGGAGCCCAGACGGGCCGGGACGAGCCCUACCGGGACAUACCGAGCCCCACCGGACCGGACCGGGCCGUACGGAGCUGUAUCGGGCUGCACCGACCCGGUUCGUGCAUUACCGAGCCGUAUCGUACCGAGCCUUACGGAGCCUUACCGGGCCAUACCGAGCCCUACCGGGCUUUACCGGGCGGUACCGAGCCACAUUGAGCCCUACCGGAUCGCACCGGGCCGUACCGACCCGUACCGGGCGGGUCUAUAGGGAGCCGCAGGGAGCCUUACCGGGCCGUACCGGGCCGUACCGAGCCCAGAGCCCGCCCCGCCGCCGCCUUUCCCCUCCGCCAUCCAGCCAGUAAUUUUCCAAGCCCGCCCGGCGCUUCCCGGUUGAGCCGCCCCGGAGGAUCGGCGGGGCCAUGGGAGACAAAGGCACCCGGGUGUUUAAGAAAGCCAGCCCCAACGGGAAGCUCACCGUCUACCUGGGGAAGAGGGAUUUCGUGGAUCACAUCGACGUGGUGGACCCCGUGGACGGAGUGGUGCUGGUGGAUCCCGAGUACCUCAAGGAGAGAAAAGUCUUCGUGACCUUGACCUGCGCCUUCCGCUACGGCCGCGAGGACCUGGACGUGCUGGGGCUGACCUUCCGCAAGGACCUCUUUGUGGCCAACGCCCAGGCCUUUCCCCCGGUCCCCGAGGAGAAGAAACCCCUCACACGGCUGCAGGAGCGGCUGAUCAAGAAGCUGGGCGAGCAUGCCUACCCCUUCACCUUUGAGAUCCCCCCCAACCUGCCCUGCUCCGUCACGCUGCAGCCGGGGCCGGAGGACACGGGGAAGGCCUGUGGUGUGGACUACGAGGUCAAAGCUUUCUGUGCGGAGAACCUGGAGGAGAAAAUCCACAAGAGGAACUCGGUGCGUCUGGUGAUCCGUAAGGUCCAGUACGCGCCGGAGCGACCCGGCCCCCAGCCCAUGGCGGAGACCACCCGGCAGUUCCUCAUGUCAGACAAACCGCUGCACCUCGAGGCGUCCCUGGACAAGGAGAUCUACUACCAUGGAGAGCCCAUCAGCGUCAACGUCCAUGUCACCAACAACACCAACAAGACGGUGAAGAAGAUCAAAAUCUCAGUGCGCCAGUAUGCCGACAUCUGCCUCUUCAACACCGCCCAGUACAAGUGCCCGGUGGCCGUGGAGGACGCUGAUGACAUGGUGGCCCCAAGCUCGACGUUCUGCAAAGUCUACACCUUGACCCCUUUCCUCGCCAACAACCGGGAGAAGCGGGGGCUGGCCCUGGACGGCAAGCUCAAGCACGAGGACACCAACCUGGCCUCCAGCACACUGUUAAGAGACGGAGCCAACAAGGAGAUCCUGGGCAUCAUCGUCUCCUACAAGGUGAAGGUGAAGCUGGUGGUGUCCCGAGGAGGCCUGCUGGGAGACCUCGCCUCCAGCGACGUGGCGGUGGAGCUGCCCUUCACGCUGAUGCAUCCCAAACCCAAGGAGGAACCGGCACAUCGGGAUGUUCCAGAGAACGAAGCGCCCAUAGAUACCAACCUGAUAGAGCUUGACACAAAUGACGACGACAUCGUGUUCGAAGACUUCGCCCGCCAGCGACUCAAAGGCAUGAAGGACGACAAGGAGGACGAGGAGGAGCGGACAAACUCCCCGCAGCUCAACGACAGAUAAGCGAGCACCCCCCCCACCUCUUCCGCCCCCUCCUCGACGCCUCCCUCCUCCUCAUCUCCUCACCCGCCGUCCCCCCCCAGCUCGCCAGAAAGAAACACCCGUGCAUUAGGCUUCUUCUCUUUUGUAUAAUUAUUAAUUUUGGGGUUCUACCUUGUCCCGGGAGCCUAUGGAUCGCCCGAGGGCCAGAGGAAUUAAUAACCUUCCCGCCGUGCCGUGUUGUCACUCUUCAUCCAGAGCUGCUGUUUCCCGUGCCGGAGGGGUGCUGGAAAGUGGGGGGGGGGGGGGGCAGGUGGGAA